AUGUCCAAUGCCGCGACUACUUUAUCCUCUGGCCAUGAUAGCCUCCCGUUCGGUCCGCAGGCACAUAAAGCUAAGGCAAAAGUCACUUCCAUCAGCUCUGUCACCAUUUUACCCGACAGUGAUACCUUUGGACGGGGUGUAACUGACUGCCCCGACCGAUAUAUGGAUCCCCGCAUUACAGACAAACCACAACUUGGUGCCAAGACAGAAUGGUACUACAUACAGACACAUCUUCAUGGUGCUAUGUCUGCCAAAGAGUCUGAGGAUCCUAGCCACACUGUUAUUGUUUGUAUUUUCCGUCAAGCAGCCGACGUUGAGUUAGAUUCGAAGACAAGAGAGCAUAACUGGGCUGUCAUUUAUGCGACCCUAGACUGGAAGACAAGAAAGUAUAGCACUUAUUCCAAGGUACCCUCCAACCUACCCAAACAUCUUUUGAAGUCGCUGCAAGGCAAACAUACUGGCCUCAGCAAAACGAUCAAAAGUAUGCUUCAAGCUGGGCCUAAUUGCAAAGAUGUGCCCUUGUUUAUCCCCGACGAUCUGCUAUCAAGUCCUGUGCAGGUUCAUCAACAUGACGAGGGAGCUGGACCAGCAUUGCAUCUUGAAUGGGACAACGGUGCGAUUCUGUUUGGCGAAAACGGCUCGUACCACCUCAAGGUCCCUGAGAUCAAGCUUGAGAUUCAGGUUCACGCAACAAAGCCCGUUAUGCUUCAUGGCCACGACGGAGAGACACUCAAUGACAAGACCGGAGCAAUGUUCUAUUACAGCUGGCCCCGGACACUAGCUGCUGGGGUGUACAAGGGGGAACCGGUGACCGGUACAGCCUGGGUAGACCACGAAUAUUCUUUAGCAGGAGAGGAAACUAAGGAGCAACCGGCAGCCUUGGGAUACGGCUGGAACUGGAUCUCCCUGGUCUCGGCGGUCAAAGAUAUGGAAGUGUGCAUUACUCAGGUACUUGAUGGAAAUGAAGUUCUUGAGCAAUAUGUCCUGUACUACGACGAAUUUGGUCAGCGCCACCAGCUGACUGAGUUUACACUUACACCGAGCGAGCCUUGGGUAUCAGGGCAUACUUUACAAAGCUUUGACACCUGCUGGAAACUUGAGAUACCCAACCUUAAUGUUAACCUGGAGAUUGCGUCAGUCACACAGAACCAAGAGUUCCAGACUUGGUUGCGCAUGCCCUCUUUCUACGAGGGAGCCGUCCGAUUUUCUGGUACGUGGCAGGGCACAUCAAUUCAGGGAUUUGGGGCUAUGGAGCUCGUGAAAGGGACAGAUAUGUCCAAGUCCAUGGAGCAGACAUUGGAAAAUGCGACCUCAGUUGUUCGACAGGAACUGGAAGCCUGGAUCCCCGCUUCGAUUCGUCCAGGUCACUUCGAACAUAUCACCCGAGUGCAUUUUGACCCUUACGAAGAAGAGAAGAUUCAGCAAAACAUCGUUAAUGGAUUCUAUAUGCUCAAUGACAGAGGCGGCAAGAACUGGCGGCCUAUGCUUUUUGGCGCUGCGGUUGGAAUGGUAGGUGGUAACGCGAACAACUGGAGAUCCUUUCUGGUUUUGCCGGAGCUGAUCCAUACGGCUUCGUUGAUCAUUGACGAUAUCGAGGAUGAUAGCGAAACGCGUCGCGGGGGACCUUGUGUGCACAAGGUCAUAGGGGUCCCAACUGCUAUUAAUGCCGGAUGCGCUAUGUAUUUCUGGGGAGAGACCAUUAUUCGAGACAAUGAGGCUCUGUCUGACUCACAGCGUCGGGAAAUCUACGCGAUGUAUUUUGAGAUGAUGCGAGUCGGCCACGCUGGCCAAGGACUUGACAUCGCGGGAAUGAAUAUGGAAAGGCUCCCGAGUAUCCAGGAUGCUGAGAGAAUACUGGCUCGGGUUAUCAAUCUGCAUCGAUGCAAGAGUGGUAUUCCCGCCUCCUUUUGCGGUUUUGUCGGGGCAAUUGUCGGAGGGGGAACUCCCAAGCAAAUUGAAGCACUUGGGGCUUACGUUCAAAACUUAGGUAUUGCUUUUCAAAUUCGAGAUGACGUCUUGGAUGUUCUUGGCAAAGUCAAAGGUAAAAGCGCAGCAGACGAUCUCUACAACCACAAGAUUACCUAUCCAGUGGCUAAGAUGUUUACGUUGGAUCACCCCGACCGCGAAAAGUGGUUUGGCUACUGGCAAGACCAUAAUGUACCGGCUCUUGUCGAUGCUCUCAAGUCAUCUGGGACCCUGGAUAAGUGUAAUCAGGAUAUCGAAUGCUGGGUGCGAAAAGGAUGGGAUCUCAUUGAUGCCCUCACCCCCAAUUCAUUCAGCAAGGCUUUGAUAAGUCUGUUUGCCGAGUUUCUUAUCUCUCACCACUAUUAG